UAUAUAUAUAAUUAUAUUUUAGUUAAUAAAGUUGUUUAGAUAAUAAAAUUUAAUAUGGCGUACACUUGUGUUGUUAUUGGAUGUAAAAAUACAAACUGCAAGCUUAAAAAAUGGGACAAGGAAAUGUGUCAACAACAUGGUUGUGUUCGUUCUGAAGGUCUUUGUACUUGCUUAAAACCUUUUUUGUUCAACAAAUUUCCCAAUAUUAAAAAAAAUGCAGAGCGUCGUGAUCAGUGGCUCAAACUUAUAAAUAGAAAAACAGUAACAGAUAAAUUAUGGCAACCAAGCAAAGAUGCGUGUGUGUGCUCCAUUCAUUUUACUGAUAGUCGACCAACCGAUGAACAUCCGAAUCCUACUAUAAAUCUAGGAUACGAUUCAAAGAAAAGAGAGGCUUUGUUUUCUCCUGUUCUAAGUAAGAGACGUUUUCCAUCUAAGCAAUUAUUUCCUUUCACAAAAAAGUCUAGAGUUAAUUCUGUUAGCAUUUGUCAUGAGCCUGAAAAUGCAAUAAAAGAAAAAUUUAUUGAAACUUCAAGCUGUAAUUUGAAAAACGAUGAGCAAGGUCAAAGCAGUAUUCAAAAUGAGUCGCUGGAAUUUGAAGAUAUAUGUUUUGAGUACACUAAAAAUGAUAGGGAAAAUGCAAAUAAAUCAUUGACUAUACAAGAUAUUUUUGUUCUUAUAGUAGCAUUAGUGUCCACUAUACACACAUUGUUAUGCUGCAUACAAAAUUUACAUUCCCAAAUUGAGCAAUUGAAGAAAAACCUAAAAGAGCCAAUUUUCAAAAAACUACUUAAUGAAAACAACUGUAAAUUUUAUACAAACAUAGCUCAAAUUGAGUUGUUUCAUAAAUUGCAUGACAAAAUUAUGCCACUAAUAAAAAGAAGACUCCCACAAAAUUCUGACAAUGUUUGCCCCAGAUUAUUUAAAUUGACACCACAGAAAAUGGGCCCCAAAACAAAAAUAAAUUCUAUUGAUGAGUUUUUAUUAACAUUAAUGAAGUUGCGACUUGGUCUGCUAAAUAAAGACUUAGCAGAUAGAUUCGGAGUUUCCGAAGGAUUAUGCUCCAAAAUUUUCCAUAGUUGGAUAAGAGGAAUGUCUGAGUAUUUCAAGAAUUUCAUUUUUAUGCCAGAUAUGGGUGCAAUACUUGCUACAACACCUCAAAGAUAUAAAAAGUUUGAUAAUUUAUCAUCAAUUAUAGAUUGCUCAGAAAUUUUUAUUGAAACACCGAAAAAUUUAGCGUUACAAAGUGUCACAUGGUCAGAUUACAAGCACCACAACACAUUAAAAUUUUUAAUAUCAAUUGCUCCUAAUUCAAGUAUAACAUUUAUUUCAAAAGCUUACACAGGACGAAUUAGUGAUAAAAAAAUUACAAUAGACUCUAAGUUUUUAGAUAUUUUACCAAAAUACAGCACAUUAAUGGCAGAUAAAGGUUUUAGUUUAUAUGAUGAAUGUGCUGCUAGAUCGUUGUAUUUUCUAGUUCCACCAGGUAAACGUGGUGCAACUCAGAUGACUCCAGGUGAAAUUAAAAAAACUAGCAAUAUUGCUAAAGUUAGAAUUUUAGUUGAGCAAGUCAUAAGAAGACUCAAAACUUUCAAAAUCAUUGCAAAUGAGAUACCGAUAUCUAUGCUCUCUCAUGUUGAUGAUAUUUUAGUUGUAUGUGCUGCAUUAUAUAAUUUUAAAAAACCAAUUUAUUCAGACUAAUUUAGAAUUAUUCUUAGAACAUAUUGUAUCUUAUAUCUUUUUAUGCUAUUGUAUUGUGUGCUAUAUCUCUUUAUGCUAUAUAUAAUGUAUGCUAUAUCUUUUUUUAUUUAUUUUGCAUAGAAAAAAUAAAUAA